CCAGAUUUGAACUGUUGCAUAUUUAGAAAAAUAGGAAGCAGACGAUCAGUCUUGCAGUGUGCUGGUUCAUGUCGUUUCGUCUUCUCACUCACCGACAUGGCUGUUCAUCUCAGCUUUCUUCUCAUUUUCACUGGACUCGCAGGAAGUCACAGUAUAACUACAGUCAGUAAAGUGUCAGUGAAAGCUGGAGAUUCGAUCACUAUCCCCUGUCUCUAUGACUCUAAAUACAUAAACAAUGUGAAGUACUUGCGUAAAGGAUAUUAUUGGUCCUCUUGCUCUACUGAAAUCCGAACUGAUUCACAAAGUAUCUCAGAAAAGUUUUCAAUCUCUGAUGAUAAAAUCCAAAAAAUCUUCACGGUGACGAUAAAAGAUGUGACGAAUAAGGACACUGAUUACUGGUGUGCUGUGGACAAAAAGUAUUUCCAACUGCCAGCCACCGGAGGUACACCCACUGUCUCUGUGGACCGUCAGGAGAUUACAGGAUUUAAAGGAGGUAAUAUAAACAUCAAUUGUUACUAUCGUAACUUUGGAGUAAUGAAAUGGUGCAAGCUGGGCAGGUCCUGUGUUACGGGGUCGUCUGGAUCAAUAGAUGGAACAGGAGUGACCAUCAGUGAGAGUGGACCAGGUGUUUUCACUGUGACUAUGAGUGGACUGAAGACAGAGAGCAGCGGCUGGUAUUCAUGUGUUAAAGAUGACUUCCAGAUGCCAGUGCAUGUAACUGUUACUGACAGACCUACCACUACCACACCUGCAAUGACUAGAAGUUUAACCACCUUAACAACAAGAAGUUUAACCAUCGUAUCAGCCUCCGCUGUGAAUCACAACCCUGUUUCUGCAGACCAAGCACUUAUCACAGUUCAGGGUGAACAGCAAAGUCCUUCGCAUCAUUUAAAGAGUUUUGGUAUCCGCCUGAGUGUGAUCUUCAUUGUAAUGGUGACCUUGUUCAUCUGGUUUAUUUUCAAAAGACAUAAGCAGAGAAAGGUCGAAUCAUCAGCCACAACAACGGCUGAAGGGGAAGUAAGAUACAUGAGAAACACUUCAGGCGAGCCAGAGGUCUCAUGUGGAGAGUGAUGUGGAAGGAAUAUAAAGUUCUGUGUUUAAGCAGCAGCCAGAGGGUUGAAAAGAUGUUGUUCCAGCAGCAAGUUGUUUGUUGUUUGUUGACCUUUGCCAUGUGUUUGUAACCACCUCUGCAUAGCUGCAAACAUUACAGAGAGUCACUCACCUGUUUGUUUGUCUUUAAACAUAUACAUGUAUAUUGGGUUUACUGCUUUUACUUAUUAGGCAUAAAGUCACAAUAAUAUGAUCCUGAUGUCUAUUUUCAGGAUGUUUAUAAACGCAUAGUGUAUAAUAACCAUGUAUUUUAUUGUAUGUAUGAACUCAUGUCAUUCAUUUUAAAGCUGAUGCACAUUUAUAUUGCAUGUUUAAAGAAUAAGUGAUGGUGUUAACUAAAUAAAGAGAUCAAAGAGUACAAAAUCA